AUGCAGAGCAAAAAAUGAUUGGUCUUGUGGAGACUCUCAUUGAGGGUGGCCAGUUGGACCUGAGCUCUAGAGUAGAUGAUUUCACUGCUGUACUGGAUGAGAGCUCUUUCAACUAUGAAUUAGUGGAAUUGGUGUGCACCCCCUCCCUAUACAGUUAACAACGACAUCUAUCGCUGUGUACCAUGUGGAAGUGGCUUUUACUAUGGCAAUGAAACUCAGGAAUGUAUCCAGUGUGAAGUAGGGACAUAUCAAGACACACAUGGAGAGUUCACAUGUCAUCAGUGCCCCGAAGGACAAUCUACUAUUGCAGUCGGAUCCAAGAAUGUGAGCCAGUGCAUAGACAUCUGCCAACCUGGUUAUAGUUCGUUCACCGGUCUAGCACCAUGCAACCAUUGCCCGAUAGGAAGCUAUCAAGAGGAAUUCUUUGCUACAGAAUGUACCAGCUGUCCUGUUGGCAUGACAACACUAAACAAAGGCUCUACUUCAUCUCUUGAAUGUAUUGAGUUUUGUGCAGCUGGAGAGUACUCUUCAUCAGGCUUUGGCCCUUGUACGGCAUGUCCGCUUGGUACUUAUCAGAGUGGAACUCAGCGAAGUACAUGUCAUCAAUGCCCCGGUGAAACUACAACAAUGCAGAUAGGUUCUACUGAUGCAUCCAUGUGUGUUGAUAUUGAUGAAUGUGAGAGCCAGCCGUGCCAACACGAUGCAAGCUGCCUUGAUGGAAGUAACUCCUUCACAUGUAUCUGUGGAUUGGGAUAUACAGGGUCUACGUGUGGUGAUCAGAUUCUACCGUGUGACUCUGAUCCCUGCCUCAAUGGAGCGUCUUGUGUGGAUGAAGUCAAUCAGUUUACGUGCAUGUGUGCUCCAGGAUAUACAGGCUCCCUGUGUGAGGAACAAAUCGACUAUUGUGAUCUAUCACCAUGCAUGAACAAUGCAACCUGUACGAAUAGCAUUGGCGAUUUUGAGUGCUCUUGUCUCUUUGGCUUUGGUGGAAAAACUUGCUCAGAGGACAUAGAUCAUUGUGAUGAUAAUGCAUGUUUGAAUGGUGCAACCUGCUUAGUCUCUGAACUGUCAUUAGGUGGAUACACCUGUCAAUGUGGAGAGGGAUAUAUAGGAGUGAAAUGUUCUAGUAACAUUGAUGAUUGUAGGAGCAGUCCUUGCUUAAACGAUGGUAAUUGCACUGAUGGCAUCAACAGUUUCACUUGCUCAUGUACAACGGGAUACAACGGUUUUAUAUGCGACAAUGACAUUGACUUGUGUGCUGAUUGGAACUGUCAAAAUGGUGGCACUUGCAAAGAUCUUGGAAAAAGAGCGGUCUGUGCGUGUCCUGAGGCCUAUGCCGGACAGUUCUGUGAUGAAGUCAGGACAGCAUGCAGUGACUCUCCCUGCAGAAAUGGAGGCACAUGUACAUCUGGUGAUGAUACCACCUUGGCCUUCGAUUGCACCUGUACCGAGGGAUACAUUGGACAGACCUGUGAGACAGAGGUCAACUUCUGUCAGCCAGAUCCUUGUAGGAAUGGAGCUACUUGUGAGGAUCAAACUGCAACUUACAUCUGCCACUGUCCUGAUGGAUUCACAGGGGAAACCUGUGCUGAGGAGAUAAGAUGGUGUGAUGACAUUCCAUGUGGACUGAACUCAACCUGCAUAGAAGAACCCCUUUCCUUCACUUGCCUGUGCGAUGUAGGUUACACUGGAGAGAGAUGUGAAGAGGUGUUGACUGUCUGUGAUGCCCAAGACCCUUGUCUCAAUGGAGCUACAUGUAGCGGAGACUCUCUUACAUUUCAAUGCCAGUGCCCACCAGCAUAUCAAGGGUUGUUAUGCGAGCAUGAGAUCAACCCAUGUGCUUCUUCACCCUGUCUAAAUGGAGGUUCCUGUGUGAAAGAUCUACAGUUUUAUCGGUGUGACUGUACUGCAGGGUUUGAAGGAAUACACUGUGAAGGCAAUCAGGAUGAAUGUGCAAGCGAACCUUGUGAACAUGGAACAUGCAUUGAUGGAAUCAACUCUUUCUCCUGUGGCUGUGAAGCAGGAUACACAGGCCAUACAUGCAGUGAAGACAUGUUUUGUGAUGCCAACCCAUGUCAGAACGGGGGAUCAUGUGAAAGCCUAAUCACAAAAUUUAGUUGCUUGUGUGCUCCAGGAUUUCGGGGAACAACAUGCAGCAGCCAAAUAAACUUCUGUCGUCUAAGACCAUGCACAAGUGGAAAUUAUGUACGUUGUGAGAAUGUAAUCGGUGGUUACACAUGUGGGUGCAAGGAUGGUUUCACUGGAUUAAAAUGUGAGUCUGAGAUCAACGAAUGUGAGAUGUCACCAUCUCCUUGUCAGAAUGAUGGAAGGUGUAUCAACCAAUGGGGGACAUUCACCUGCCAGUGUCAACUAGGCUUCACCGGUAACCUGUGUGAAAUAAACAUUGCUGACUGCAUGAACCACGCCUGUGAAAACGGGGCAUCCUGUAUAGACGGCAUCAAUAGUUACAGCUGUCUUUGUACUGGAGGAACAUACGGGUCACGGUGCCAGCUGAAGUCAACACCAUGUGAUAACAACCCCUGCUACAAUGGUGGUGUGUGCACUAUUAAUCAAGCUAGUUUCUCCUGUGAAUGCCUGUCUGGUUUUACAGGACCUUCCUGCGAAGUCGACAUUGAUGACUGUGUCAAUCAUCGUUGUGCUAGCAGCUCGACAUGUGAAGACCAGUGGGAUAGCUACCGCUGCAUAUGUCCACUGGGUGUAACUGGAGACUUAUGUGAUCAGGAAAUUGAUGACUGUCUUUCUGAGCCUUGCCAGCAUGGAGCAACUUGUAUAGAUGGAAGAUCAAGAUAUACAUGUGCCUGUUCAAGUGGAUUCACUGGAAACUUCUGUGAAGUUGACAUCCUUGAAUGCUCCUCUAACCCUUGUGUCAACUUUGGUACAUGCAUAGAAGAAACUGAUAGGUUUGAUUGCCAAUGCGCAGAAGGUUAUCGUGGUACGAACUGUGAAGAGCUUAUAAGAUCAUGUGUUUCCAGCCCAUGCAAGAAUAAUGGCACCUGCACAGACGGCUUCAUGCAGUUUAUCUGUACUUGUCAUCCUGGCUUUACAGGGGAUGAAUGUGAAACAGUUAUUCCUGAUAAUUAUGAUCUCAAACUGGUUCCUGAGAUAUCUUCCAUUGUGUUUUCUGCUGAUGUGAGCACCGAAUUGCAGAAUAUAACUGUUUCUCUCUGGGUGAAGGCAGAUGUGACAUCAUCUGACAAGCAGCUCGUUGACUUUAAGAUGGGUAAUCUUCAGUUCGGCAUUUACAAUCCUUGCAGUCUUUUUUUCAAAGAAGCUGGUCGGAUUCAUUCAUCUACUGGGCCUACCAUUUGUGAUGGUCGCUGGCAUCAUGUAUUGAUCCUAUUCAUUAACAUUGGAAGAUGGUCUGUUCUCCUGGAUGGCUCUGAAAUUAUGAGUGACAAUAGUGAUGCAUCUCAAUACAAUCUCUCAGGAAACUUGCAACUUGAAGUUGGAGCUGAUAAAUUUGACCGAAACGAUUCUAUUUACAUGACUGGCAUCAACGUUUGGAGUGGAUAUGUUUCAGAUGACGUGUUGUCUAGAGUCACAUCAGAGUGUUUGCCACAGCUUUAUGGGAACAUUAUUUCAUGGACAGACUUUGACUCCCACCAGGCUUUUCCUACAACCUCCCUGACUCCCUCAAUGUGUGAUGAUACUGAUGAAUGUCAGAGCCUGACCCCCUGCCAAAAUGGAGCUACUUGCAUUGACAAACUCCGCUCCUACAUAUGCGUGUGUCUUGAAGAUAAUGAAGGAAUAAACUGUGAAAAGUUUAUCGACCUGUGCAAUAAUGCGAGCUGCGAGAACGGAGGAUCUUGUACAACUAUGAAUAGGACAAUUCUCUGUUCAUGCCCUGAAAGAUUUUUAGGAGAGUUUUGUGAGCUUGAAAUUAUUAAUGGUAGUUGGAGUGAUUGGUUGCCGUGGAGUCCAUGCAGUGCAUCGUGUGAAGGUGGAACUCGAAACACUUCAAGGGAAUGUACCAACCCACCACCUAAUGAAUAUGGACAACCUUGUCAUGGAGAAAAUACAAAACAAGAACCAUGUAAUAUCCAGGAAUGUCCAGGUUGUCUUCAUCUGCAGAGUCCUGAGAAUGCCACACUUAACUGUUGGAGUGAAGGUGAAACCAAGAAGUGCACAGUUAGUUGUAACUCACCUGAUCUUGGCUUCGUUCAACCUACGCUGCCAGAGUAUUCCUGUGGCCUGGAGUCAGAUUACAAAUGGGAUCAUGAAAGUGAUAACAAUCGUAGAGCAAGUUUGCCUCCUUGCAGGGAAACGAUGUCUCCGGAUUCGUUAGAGGUGCAAGUCAACUUUGCUUACCCAGGCGCAACAUGUGCUUCGGUAGCAGAUGAAGAAAGCCUUAAAGAACUAGUCAGCUCUAACAUCAUGAACAAUGUUGAAGGCAGUGGCUGCAAUGAUUGUGCUCUCUCAAAUAUACAGGUCAACAAUUGUGGUCUGUCGAAGAAGAGGUCAAUUGAAGAAUCUCCUAUCACUAUCUCAUUCAACAUAGAUUUCAGCAAUGUAACUAUGGAGGGAUCAUUCAGCGAAUUUAGCAACAGAUUUGACAAUCGUGUGAGAAAUGGAUCCUUCUCCUUGGAAGUCGAUGGUCAGGUCAUUGCAGUUGAACUUAAUCAAAGUAGCGGUGAGGUCAAGAUUACGUGUCCAAGAGGGUCUGGUUUGACAGUACAGGGAAGCUGCGUUGUAUGCCCCGCUGGUACUUUCCAGUACUUCCUACCAAACACCAGCGAAGCUGAGUGUGCACCCUGCUUGCUACACACCUAUCAAGAUCAAGAGAGACAAGCUGAGUGUCUUCCAUGUCCUUCAGGUUUAAUAACGAAUGAUCCCGGAGCUGAUAAUAUUAACCAUUGUAUAGAACCAUGUCCACUUGGUCAUUACCAAGAUGUUUGGUCAGAUCCUAGUAACACUACAUGUGUUCAGUGCCCUCUCGAUUCUUACCAAAACGAAAUCGGAAAAGAAAGCUGUUUCCCUUGCCCCACUGGAUAUGUAACUCUGGAACUAGGAGCAGCAAGUGCCUCUGAUUGUGUUGCGGUGUGUAAUGCAGGGCAUUACGUGGAUCUUUCAAACGAGACCAAUCCACAAUGCCCACCGUGUUCACUCAACACAUUCUUAGAUCUUGAUAUGCACCAAGAACAAGAAUGUAUUCCAUGUGCUCCAGGAAUGAUUACCAUUCAGAAUGGAUCUUCACAAAGUACCGACUGUUUUGUUGUGUGCCAGCAAGGGACCUAUCUGGAAAGUUCAUUGUGUAUUCCAUGUCCUCUAAACACCUAUCAAGACCAGACCAAUCAUCGUGAGGAAUCCUGCAUCCUAUGUCCUGGCAACCUGAUUACUUUCAAUGAAAGUUCAGAUAAUCUUGCAGACUGUACAGUUGCUCCUGGCAUGGAAUGCAAUGCUCUACUUGAUCCUUGUACAGGAGGUGGGAUGUGUAUGAAUGCUACUGGCCUCAUUACCUGUACCUGCCCAAGAGGGUUCAACAAGUACAAUGAUACCCAUUGCCAAGAUUAUGAGUCAACUACUCAACCUCCUGAAACAACAACUGCUCCACCGGGAUCAACUACUCAACCUCCUGAAACAACAACUGCUCCACCAGGAUCAACUACUCAACCUCCUGAAACAACAACUGCCCCACCGGGAUCAACCACUCAACCUCCUGAGACAACAACUGCCCCACCAGGAUCAACCACUCAACCUCCUGAGACAACAACUGCCCCACCAGGAUCAACUACUCAACCUCCUGAAACAACAACUUCUCCGCCGGGAUCAACUACUCAACCUCCUGAAACAACAACUGCCCCACCAGGAUCCACAACUCAACCUCCUGAAACAACAACUGCCCCACCAGGAUCAACUACUCAACCUCCUGAAACAACAACUGCUCCACCGGGAUCAACUACUCAACCUCCUGAAACAACCACUGCCCCACCAGGAUCAACUACUCAACCUCCUGAAACGACAACUGCCCCACCAGGAACAACUACUCAACCUCUUGAAAUAACAACUAUUCAAGAGCCAACCACAUCCCAUCCACCAACAACCGACAUUGAUGAGUGUGCCAGUGGCAGUAACCCAUGCACUUUGGCUAAUGAGGAGUGUGAGAACACAGUUGGAAGUUACCAAUGUGUGUGUGCUGCAGACUUUGUGAGGACAAGAGGCUUUUGCCUGACUAGCGCCACCAUCACUGGGUCCAUCACCAUCAACCUGGUAAACGGCAGGAUCGUACCGUACACAGCCUCGCUAUCAGAUCCAACGUCGGAGGAAUACAUGAACUUGGAAGCCCUUGUAUGUGGAGCGUUUCUAAAUGUGAUUGAUGGUUGGGUAAUCGCCAGCACGCCAUACCCCAUGUCCACUUGUGAGGUCACCGGCUUUGCUCCGGGUUCAUCGUCCGAAACGAUCGUGUCGUAUGCUAUCACUGUGUAUGGGGAGAACACAGAGGGCGUAGCCAGAAUUACCUCCGAUAUCAUGAGCAACGGAUUCUCUGGCACUCCUUUAGUUUGGACUGAUGAGAACGGGAAUACCAUCCAACUUCUAUCUCUCUUCUUUGAUGAUGCUUCAGAGUGCAUGUUAGAAACAUCGUGUUCAGGAGUAAAUGAAGGUUGUACUGAAUUAGACCCAGGCUUUGAGUGUUACUGCACCAAUUCUUCUAUACGAUACAAGGAAUCUUGUUUGUAUUCUACGAGACUGGCAGGGAGUUUCCGAUACAAUAGCAUUAAUGGUGAUAGUGUGACCUACUCGCCCGCAUUAGCAAACACAGACUCGGCUGAAUUCUCAAAUAUGACUGCCAUCACAUGUGACGUGUUCAUGUACCAGCUUAAUCUAUGGAUGAAUGUCAAUGUGCCAUACACCUAUAUCGAAUGUAACAUCGCAGCCUUCCGCCCAGGAAGUAUCAUCGUCGACUUCAUCAUCGAUAUCUACGGCACAUCCCAGAUGGAGGCCAUGAUGAGGGCCCAGAUCGCUAGUGAUAAUGGAUUCCAAGGUUCUCCAAGUGACUGGACAGGGAAUGCUUAUACAGUCUAUGUGGAAGAACUUAUAUAUGAGAACCUGUGUGAGCCAACUCCGUGUGAAAAUGGAGGGACAUGCCUGUAUAAUGUCACUACCGAUACCACAUCUUGUUCUUGUCCGCCUGGCUUUGGUGGACCAGUCUGUGAAAACAAGGUUGCCUGUGAGAGACAUACUUGCCAGAACGGAGGAGUAUGCCAAGUAGACAUGAUGGGAGAUCCAUAUUGCGAAUGCCCCGCACAGUACACAGGAACGUUUUGUGAAAUUCCAGUUUCAUGUGAGGAGUUGGAUUGCCAAAACAACAGCACUUGCGAAGUUGACAGCAAUGGGGUUGCCUCCUGCAUCUGCUUGGAUGGAUAUGAAGGAAUCAGAUGCCAGCUAGAAUCAACUCCUGGUCUCUCAACAGGGAUCAUUAUCGGUAUCGUUUUGGGAGUCGCUGGUUGUGUUUUCCUUGUUGUUGUUCUUUGCUUCUGCUGGUUCAUCCUCUUUGCUGCUCGUCGUCGACAACAAUGCAAGCAAGAGUUCUUGGAGGGAGCAGAGAAUUGGGGUUACGGAGGGCGACGUUAUGCCCCAUCAUCGGCGCCAUCAUGUGGGGCAGUGGUGCGCAACGACCCAGCAGAGUUUGCCAGCAAGUCCUCGGACAACUUCUACUACUGCCAGAACACCAGAGGGCGACCUUUUGGUUCAACAGCUGCUGCUUCUGCUCCUCGUAACAGUCCCUUCUAUUAAUCCAUUAAUGUUAAUGCUGUUAUUGUUUCUCUUAAUAAUCACCAUUAAAAAUCACCAUUAAGGAAAAUGUGUCUAUAUUUUGAAAAAAGGAAGUAAUUAAACAAACUUAAUAUAUUACAACAGAAAAUAUUAAAUAUACAUACCCAAACCCAUACCUCAUUUCAGAUAAAGCUUGUCAUGCUGACCUGCUGACUGAAUAGGGGGCCAGCAUAGAUAAAUAUCCCCCUUCCCUCAACCCCCCCCCCCCCCCCAGUUUGUAGCAUAUGGCAAAUAGAAGAAAACUAUUAUUUGUCAUGGUCAAUUGCUCAAGGGAAAACAUCAAGGGCCAUAUAUUCCUACCUUCCAAAUCCAGAAUUGUCACCUAAAGCCCAAAGAUAAGUACAACUACGAAAUACGCAAUGGGAUUUUUUUUUACUUCAGGUUUAAUUUUGGGUCUAUGUCAAAACCGGUUUUGAUGGAAUAACUUUCCAAAUAUUUUUUUAAGAUUCUAAUCUUCAGUGUAUUUGUACUAUUGCAUUUAUUUAGAUGUGCAAAGAAUGAUAUUAUUUUCAAUCAGACAUCACAGCAUCGGAUGAAGGAGAUGGGAGAUGCUUCGAAACAGUCAGCAACUGAUCAUGCCGAAAGUCAUCAUGAUAAUAAUGCAUAUGAAUAAUAUGUAAAAACUCAGUUGUCUGAUAAGAUUUUUUUCUUGAGUUGCCUGAUGAAAGGUAAAUGUAGGUAGUAACUUCAAUUUGACGGGCUUCUCAAAACAAAGGCAUACACACAAGAAAACUAUUAUCAUUGAUUAAACGUUGUAGAGAAGAACUUCCAGUGAAAGCGUUAUGAUUACACUUAAAGUCGUUUGUAAAUAGAGCCGUUCAAAGCCAUGGUUCUUGGACUUAUUGCCUGACCUUUGCAAGAACAUGCAGGUAACCAUGGUAACAUAUAGGUUAUGUUACCACAUUAUCAACUUCAAACCGCUAUUUCAACAGAUGACAUGAACAAUUUUUGUAACAUACAACUUACAGUUAAAUUUGACAUAACACUGAUGGAUUUUGACUGGACAUCGGUUGUCACAAUGACAUUGAUAGACAGACAAGGACUUAAGAACAAAAAAACAAACAAAAAAAACAUUAAAAAAAUGUAGUGCUUACUAACUGAAAAUAAAGCAGACUUCCUUUAGUGAUGUCAUGUCAAUGUUCUUAUGGAGCAUCUUAUUAGUUUCCUUGUGAGACACAACAAAGUUUUAAGAAAUAUCUUCCAGUUUGAUGUUUCAAGAAGAGUAAACAUAGUAAUGAGGGCAGAAACUUGAUUGUUACUAGUGGUUUUUUGUACACGCAUCUAGGAUCAAUGAUUUAUAUGCUAAACUCAUUAAUUUCACUAGUGUAAGUGUUCAUUAUGAAAAGUUGAAGAUAAACAGUUUUUGAUCGCUAUAUUACUAUAUUACAGUUUAAUAAACAAUUUGUAUAAAAUAAAUGUAUACCAAACUUUUGUUGAUUCCCAUUUGAAAGUGAUGUCCUUUGUGGCCUUCAAAUAAGCAACUAAUAUUCUACAUAAUGAUACCUUAUUCAUAACUCAUCUGAAAUGGAUGACCGAGUAACUGCCUUUCCAAAAUGUAUUAUCACAAUCCUCUUUUACGAAGUUUGUCUGAAGCAAUGUAUGUGGGUCAGGAGCCCUU